AAUAUGGCUGGGUAACAGAGACGCCUUCUUCGCAUCAUCCUUUCAAACUUUCAUCACCAAACAACCUGAAUUCAGAAUAUUCGAACAUCCAAACAUUCUAACUCCCAAUCCUUCUUUACUCUUUAUUCUUUUCUUCCCCAACAAAUCUCUCAUGAUUCCGAACCCUCAAUUCCAUCUGGGCACUCUCCAAUUCCGUCAAUUUGAGUUAAUUUAAUUCCCCCAAACAUGAAUUCGUUGGUGGGUUCUUCUGUUUCCACUCUAAAUUGGCGGAAUGUAUCUAAUCCCUCAUCUGGGUAUUGUAAAUCUGGUAAAAAGAUUGUUACUCUUUCCAUCAAUGCAAGGGGACCUGUUUGUUGCAGUGUUGCUCCACAUAAUUUAAAGCCUGCUGAUGAGUUUAGUUCUUCCAAAAUUCAAGAUUCUUCUGUAAAUUUGUUUACAGAAGGUUCAGAGGAGACAGAUGUGCUUAUUGAGUGUAAAGAUGUUUACAAGUCAUUCGGGGAGAAACACAUAUUAAGAGGCGUAAAUUUUAAGAUCAAGCAUGGAGAAGCCGUUGGAAUAAUCGGGCCUUCUGGCACCGGAAAAUCUACCAUUUUAAAGAUCAUUGCAGGGCUCCUUACUCCAGAUAAGGGGGAAGUUUACAUUCGAGGACGAAAAAGACAUGGAUUAAUAAGCGAUGAUGAUAUGCACGGCCUUCGAAUUGGCCUGGUGUUUCAAAGUGCAGCGCUUUUUGAUUCUUUAACGGUUCGGGAGAAUGUUGGUUUUCUUUUGUAUGAGCAUUCAAGAAUGCCCGAGGAUAAAAUUAAAGAACUUGUUGCAGAAACAUUGGCUGCAGUUGGAUUAAAGGAAGUUGAGGAUCGGAUGCCAUCUGAGUUGUCUGGUGGAAUGAAAAAAAGAGUCGCUUUAGCUCGAUCUAUAAUAUAUGAUACAAAAAAUAAUACAAUCGAACCAGAGGUGCUUUUGUAUGAUGAACCAACUGCGGGACUUGAUCCAAUUGCGUCUACUGUAGUUGAAGAUUUGAUCCGGUCCGUUCAUUGCAAAGGUGAAGAUGCACUAGGGAAUCCUGGAAAGAUUGCAUCUUAUGUUGUUGUGACUCACCAACACAGUACCAUUAGAAGAGCUGUUGACAGGUUGGUGUUUCUUCAUGAGGGAAAGGUCGUCUGGCAAGGAUUGACUCAUGAAUUCACUUCAUCUACAAAUCCAAUUGUUCAACAGUUUGCCUCCGGGAACUUGGAUGGGCCUAUUAGGUACUAAGCUCAAAUGCAAAGAUCAUGGUUAUUACAUACUUUUUCUUCAUCUUUGGAAUUCUUGAAGAGGAGCUUUGAAGAAUCUCAAUGGAUCCGUAAACGGGUCAGAAACUGGACCCGAUUAGAUAUCCAUUUGACCAGAAACCGAGCUUUUACACACGUUUGAGGCUUCAGUGAGGACCGAGCCAAUAAGGUUUGGGAUAUAAUGUUAUUCUUUUUUUUUUUUUUUUUUUUUUUGUGGUUCAGUAUAGUUAGAUCCCUGUGAACAUAUUGUUCUGAGCUUCUUUUUCAAAGUAAUACACUAAUGGGCUGUAAAUCUUGACCAAAACAUUGGUCAUAGAACAAGAAAUUCGUUAGCAACUAGAUAAGAAUGUUUUAUUGGUUAGUAUC